CAGCAAAAAAUGGAGAAACGUAUUUCCUUGAUAGGAAACGAUUAAUCUGGACUGAUCCUAAUAUAAAACUCUAUUUCAACUGUCAAGUCCCAAGUUACCAAUCGCAGAAUUAUCGUAAAAAUCGUUCAGCUCUACAAGACUGA